AAACGACGUGCCGUACUAGAACCAGAUCUCCGAUCUAAAAAGCGAAAAAUAUGAACUCGUAAUCGAGCACGAACAGUUUCGCAGUUUCGCCAAAAUCUCUUCCUGAUCGCAAACCCACGCAUCCAUGGCGCAUUUCUCAUCUUCUCGCGACUUGUGCCCUUUGGUGAAGAACAUUCUUCUGCUGGAUUCUGAAGGAAAACGUGUUGCAGUCAAAUAUUACUCAGAUGAUUGGGCCACAAAUAGUGCUAAAUUAGCCUUUGAGAAAUCUGUCUUCACCAAAACUUUGAAGACAAAUGCUAGGACAGAAGCGGAGAUCGCAAUGUUCGAAAAUAACAUUGUCGUCUACAAAUUCGUACAAGACUUGCACUUUUUUGUGACUGGAAGUGAUGAUGACAAUGAGCUGAUUUUAGCUUCAGUACUUCAAGGUUUUUUUGAUGCAGUUGCCCUUAUUCUGAGAAAUAAUGUUGACAAAAAUGAAGCACUCGAGAAUCUAGAUCUUAUUCUUCUUUGCAUUGACGAGAUUGUCGAUGGAGGGAUGAUCCUUGAAACAGAUGCCAGUACCAUAGCUGGAAAAGUUGCAUCCCACAGCAUUGAUGCUGCUGCCCCAUUGUCUGAGCAGACUUUAACCCAAGCAUUGGCUACAGCUCGCGAACAUAUCACAAGAUCCCUCCUCACAUGAUUUUUCUCCUUGUAAUUGGUGAUAAGUAUGCUGCUUCUCUUUUUAGUUUUUAUCCCCCCUACCAAAGAAAAAAAUAUUUUUGCAUGACGAUUAAGUUGUUUUAACAGCCAUUGGUUGAUUGGGCAAUGAGAUUUGUGUAAUUCUGGUUGGUGCAGAUCUCCUAUUGAAAUAAUUAGCAUCUAUUGGAGUUUUCUUGUGGGUUUCGUUACGAAAAUUCUAGUGACACAAAACUCUUUGGUUAUU